UGAGAGGUGCAACAAUAUUAAAAUUAUUAUUAGAUUUCUUAUCGUAAUUGCAAAGAACAUUUAUUUACUCUAUAUGAUCACUUCAGACAAGACAAAGUUCAUUUCGAAACAAUAAUCCAAAACAGUUAAGCUGCUGUUUGUUCUAGUUGUUUCGGUUUCCCUUUUAUAGUAAAAUAUGGCUCAAAUUCCAAAAUUAUUUGCCGGUCCUGUUCAACGGGUCUUACGAGCGGCUCUCAAAACACAACACAUAUCUGGUCGAUCUUAUUGCGCCUCUAAUCUCCAUUAUCUCAAAACACAAUUGGUGGGUGAAAAGAAAAAUGUUGCCCUAAUUACUCUGAACCGUCCCAAGGCCUUGAAUGCUUUGUGCAAUGGUUUAAUGUGUGAACUUAACUCCACUUUGGAUAAAUAUGAAAAAGAUGAGAGUAUAGCUGCCUUUAUAAUUACCGGCAGUGAGAAGGCCUUUGCUGCUGGUGCCGAUAUCAAAGAAAUGGAGUAUAAAACUUAUGAUAAGCUAAUCAUGGACGCCACUGCCAGUGAUUGGUCUCGUAUAGCCAAAUGCCAAAAACCCCUUAUAGCUGCAGUUAAUGGUUAUGCCUUGGGUGGUGGCUGUGAAUUGGCCAUGAUGUGUGACAUUAUUUAUGCGGGCGAUAAGGCUAAAUUUGGGCAACCGGAAAUAGCUUUGGGUACUAUACCCGGUGCUGGGGGUACGCAACGUUUGACUCGCGUUGUAGGGAAACCCAAGGCCAUGGAAAUGUGUUUAACGGGUAAUAUGAUUAGUGCCGAGGAAGCGGAAAGACGGGGUUUGGUAAGUAAGGUAGUGCCUGCUGAUAAACUUUUGGAAGAAGCUAUUAAAGUGGGUGAAAAAAUUGCCAGUUACUCUCAAUUAACUGUACAGUUGUGUAAGGAAGCAAUUAAUAUGGCUUAUGAAUCUAAUUUGCAAGAGGGUUUGAAAUUUGAAAAACGAAUUAAUCAUGCAACUUUUGCAACGCAAGAUAUCCGGGAAGGUAUGGCGGCUUUUAUGGAAAGACGUCCAGCUAAAUUUAAUAACAAAUAAAAUAGUUUAAAAAAAUUAAAAAAUUUUAAAAAAUUAAAGCG